GGGAGAGCAAAAGGCGGCGACGUGAGCAAAAAACCCAGUUUCGCCUAUAGCUUUCUUCAUCUCCCGACUAAGAUUUUCGCAUCUUUUGCCCUAAUUCCCUUCGAUUCGACUCUUCCCUCACUCUCUUCUACUCGUUUUCGCUUCAUUGCUCGUUACGUUGAAGCCCUAGCUGUCUCCGUCUAUCAGCAGACGGAAACAAUCUCCUGUGAAAGAGUCGAAGUUUUCGUAUUGAUUCUCUAGGCUUGUUUUGAAUCGGCGAUUCCAUUCGGUGACUCCAAAAUUAGGGUUGUCGAUGGCUCCUAGCCGUAAAAAAACAGGGAGCAAAGGCAUCGGGAAAGGAGAGUUGAGACUAGGUGAUCUUGUUCUUGCGAAAGUCAAAGGCUUCCCUGCUUGGCCUGCUAAGAUCGACCGGCCUGAAGAUUGGGAACAGGUGCCAGACCCAAAGAAGUACUUCGUUUAUUUCUUUGGAACACAGGAAAUAGCUUUUGUUGCGCCUCCUGAUAUUCAAGCGUUCACUAGUGAGGCUAAGAAUAAACUGUUAAAAAGAUGUCAAGGUAAAACGGUCAAGCACUUUGCACAAGCUGUUGAGGAAAUCUCCGCUGCAUUUGAGGAGUCGCAGAAUCACAAGUCAGAUGACUUAGGCAGUGAGGCUGUUUUGGAUGCUGUUGAGGCUAGUUUAACAAAGGCUAAGACAUUGGAUGGAACAGAUCAUGGAGACACUGGUAAUGAUAAAAAUUCUGAUAAGUUUGAUUCUAGGGCGGAUCCUGGUCUCCAUAGAUUAGUCGAAAAUAAUGGUGCGGAGCCAAAGCCUGACAUAGGAGAGGAAGAUUCAUCCCCGGAUGGUGAGCCACUGGAGCCUGAUUCGGAUAAAAGAUGUAAAGAUGAGGUUCUUAGAGCCAAGCGUCUACCUGAUAUUCGAACUGCUACAGAUAAUAAUCCUAUUGGUCCUAACCAGAAAUUAAAGGGCAGUAAAAAGGAAUCUUUUGACAAUAAGGUGGUUUCGGAUCUUAAUAUCGCUGGUUGUAAAAGCUCAAAAGAAAGGCUUAAAGAGAAACCAAGCGCCCGAGUCUCGAGUAAUAAGCAUGAGCAUGCACUUGGCUCUAAUAAUGGGAGUUUAGGGAAGAAAAAGAGGUUUGAAAGUGAAAUUGGAAAGUCUGCAUCAGGAGCAGAUGAAAAUCAACGUGCUGCCAAGAGACAACGAUCUGAAGAUGCUAAGGAUCAAACACAAUCCAAGAGCAAACGUCUUCGUCCUGAAGGAUCUGAUUCUGCUAGCGUUCGAAAGCGUGAGAUUGUUGAUAAGGAACUGGUUGGUUAUACAAGGCGCCACAAACAGACAAUUGAGCACACAAAAUCUUCCUUCUUUUCUGGCUCUCGUGAUAAAAAGGGAACAAAUCAUCCAGAACGGAAGAUUAGUUCUUCAGCUGCUCAGCUGCCCAAGAGACGGAGGGCAGUUUAUAUCUAUGAUGAAGAUGACGAUGAAGAUCCAAAGACUCCGGUGCAUGGAGGACAUACCAAUGCUGGCAAUGAUACUUCAGCUUCAACUGAUGGUCCUAAAAGUGCUAAGGCGUCCCAUGAUACUUCUAUUAAAGUGAAGCGAUUUGAAGAAUUUGAAGAAAGUGCCGAAACAGGGAAGGUACCGCUGUGUAAACAUAACAAGGAGGCUCCACUUGCACUUCCUGAUAGCGUGGAUGGCCUUUUGUACAGCUCGCCUAUUGGAAAAUCUGUGACCGAGUUGCCCCAAGAGAAUGACAAGCCAAUCUUAAAAUCUCCUAAGAAAUCCCCCAAGCUGAUUAAAUUCAAGAAACAGGUGACAGGACAAACUAAAACUGCAGAAGUCUCUGGUGCAGAAAUGCCAGAUAGCGUGGAGGGCCUCACCAACACCUCGCCUAUGGGAAAACCAAUCAUCAAGUUUACCACAAAAAAGGUUAAGCAGGUCUUGAGAUCUCCUAAGAAGCCCCCUCAGUUGGUUUCAGCAAAGGAUCAGGUGGCAGGACAAUACAAAACCGGAAAAGUCUCUGGUGCGGGGAUGUCAAAAAAAUGCCAUAUUGAUUCUUCUAAGGAUGCAGUGGCUGGUUCUGAUAGAGCUAGCUCUUCUCAAUCUCAUAGAAUCAAACCAGGUUUAGGGGGAAAAGCAACAAAUACUCCAAAAUUUGCAACUCGUUUGAACGAUGCCAGAGUGUCAAUUGACACUUCUGGUAACUUGUCCGCUGGGAUGAUUGGAGUUAAUCAAGAAAAUGGAAGUACCCAAUUGAUCAGUUCUGGGUUUCCAGAUUCUUCUUCAUCUAUGAAGGUUCUGAUUGCAGCUGCCCAAGCCAAAAGAAAACAAGCACAUACACAUACUUCACCGUCUGUGAAUUUGGACAAUAAUUUCUCUGGCAUCGGUGAAACGCAGAUGAGAAAUAACAGCCCUUCCAUGGUUCAGAAUGUUCCAUCUUCUGCUGGCGACGCCAUGGUGAUUGUUACUCUGGGACACCAAGAAGAUACGACUCCUUCAAGUCAUGGAAAUCAGUCUGCAUCAAGUAACCAAGCUGAGAUUGAAGAGAACGAAGAGAGACGAGUUACCUCAGGGCAUAUGUCAGUUGGAGAUGCUGUCACUGAAGCUGCAAUUUCACGAGAUGCUUUUGAGGGAAUGAUAGAGACCUUAUCCAGAACGAAGGAAAGUAUUGGACGUGCAACACGCCAGGCAAUUCAGUGUGCCAAGCAUGGGAUUGCCAGUGAGGUUGUGGAACUUCUCAUACGAAAGCUAGAAAGUGCGCCUCAUUUCCGCCGUAAAGUAGACUUGUUCUUUCUCGUUGAUUCGAUCACCCAAUGUUCGCAUAGCCAAAAAGGUAUAGCUGGCGCGUUGUAUAUUCCUACUGUGCAAGCAGCCUUGCCACGCCUUCUAGGUGCUGCGGCUCCAUCAGGGACUGGUGCUCGUGAAAAUCGCCAUCAAUGUCGCAAGGUGUUGAGGUUGUGGCUUGAGAGGAAGAUAUUUCCAGAUUCUCUCCUGCGUCGCUAUAUUGGUGAUAUUAGUACCUCUGGUGGCGAUGCAACUGCUGGGUUUACCUUACGGCGUCCUUCUAGAUCUGAGCGUUCUGUAGAUGACCCUAUAAGGGAUAUGGAAGGGAUGCUUGUUGAUGAGUAUGGGAGCUAUGUGGAUUUUCAGCUGCCUGGAUUUUUAUCUUCUCAUGCUUUUGGAGAGGAUGAGGAAGAUGAGGAUCUUCCAACCACAUCACCGGAAGUUGAAAACAUACAUAUUGAAGAACCAGCCCAUGCGUUAAGCAAAUUAGAGGCACGUGAUAGUUCGAGUGAUAAAACUCACUGUGUUCUAGAUGCUGUCAAUGGUGUGCGUGAAAUGGAAAAUGCUUCUUAUCAGCCAAGGGAUGAAAAACCUUCGUAUGAUAGUUUGAAUGAUAAACCUCACUGUGUUUUAGAGGCUGUCAUUAGUGUGCAUGAAAUGGAAGAUGUUUCUUAUCAGCCAAUAGUUGAAGAACCAUCGUAUGUCUGUGGAAUCGAAGCAAAGGACAACUCACCGAGUGAAACCACUGCAACUGAGCUGCCUCCUUUUCCAGAGGGUUCUCCUCCGCUCCCUCAUGAAUCGCCUCCAUCUCCCCCUCCCCUGCCUCCUUCUCCUCCAUCCCCAUCCCCGCCUCCACCUCCAUCAUCUCCACCGCAGCUGCCACCACUACCCCCUUUCUCUGAGAAAUGUUCACCACCACCACUAGCUCCAUUACCACCACCCCAAUCUUUAGCUCUACCUCAAUCAUCCAUAACUCAACCGUCCAAGCCUAGCUAUCCUUCGUUACCCCUUCAACCAGGAUUUGCUCCUCCAUCAUAUCCAGUAUUGCAACAUAACCAACUACUUCGGCCGAGCAGUACCUCAUUCGGACAUAGCGCAGGGACUAGGCAUCUCGCUCCAGCACCAUCCAGCCACUUUUCGCUUCCAAGCCGGAUUAUUGAAUCACAACCCCAACGCUCCUCCUUUCCUCACCCUUACCCUUUCCCAUCUCAGCCGGUUAAUGCGCCGCGACUUAUGAAUGAUGGUCCAUGGCGGUUGCCUUCAAAUGCACGUCGCGCAGAUACUCAACAUGGAGCCUGGAUACAUGGAAGAAACCCACUUCCAGGCUCUCUUACGGUUACAAAUGGUUUCGUUCAGCCUCCUCCAGAAAGACCACCUUCAGGGUCAACGAGCUAUCAACUUCCUGCUAAUAAUAUGCAUGCGGGUCCUACAAUUUUAGGUCAUACUGCUUCGCAGAUGCUACCAUCUCGGCCAGACGUACCUUCUGCGGUUCGUUGGAGGCCAUCUUGAAGUUUGAAAUAGACUUCUCUCUCGUCCAUGGAAGACUCUUUCUGGCAGUAUAUUCACUUCCAGAGGCAUCAAAACUCUUCGACUAUUGUCAGGAUACUGCUCUAUAUUGUGUCUCUUCUCUGCAUAACCUAGGUUGUCCUGCCUGGAGCCGUAGCAGGAUAAUGAAGCAUGCAUGUAUAAACAACCGCAAAUUCAUUCAGCGUUUUACAAGAAUAUCCAUAUUGAAAGCACUACUUCUCUGAAGUUUUGUUGAAGACUUGAGCUAGGUUUACACUUUGGAACCCGGGGGUGGUGGAGACAGAUGAGUCCUGGUUUGACCAAGUUUUUAAUGUCGAGGUAAAGACAUUGAGCUGAAAAUGAAGCAUGAGCCUAAUAAAAGAUAGAAGACUGGAAUCUAACAGAACGUAUUGAUCAUCUACUUAAUUGAUUUCUUAGCCGAAAACCACUUCUGUCACCACUUCGCGUUUCUUAGUCAUGGCGGAGCCAGCAAUGAUGGCAGCAGAAGUGAAAGUGGUCAGGUAGAUAACGGUGAUGAAGGUGCAGCAAUGUUGACGACGGUGACUGAUUGUGGGUGGCGAUUUUUGUAUCAUGCUUUUUGGAUAUAUGUGAGAAGGAUGCCGUUGAAUGUUCCAUUUAAUUUACACUUACCAAAAUUUUAUGCUUGUUUUCAGUACGGUGGAUUUAUGCUUUGUAUUCUAAUUGUUAAUGUAAGUAUAUAUUACAAU